CCGUGCGCUCCAAUGGCUGAACUCGUCCUCCCCGCCCUGGUCUGGAAGGCGCACGUGGAUGGUGAUCCUGCUGCGGCUGCUGGGAGCGAACAUCUUCCCAGGACCCACCUGGGGCUGCGUCAGCCUCCUCCCUGCCCUCUGUAGCCCACACGUGCACGUAGUUAACACUUGUUUUCACAGAAAAAUUAAGCAGUGUCUCUUCUGGACACGCGCAGCCUGGUUCUUUCUGCCUGCAGAGAUGCCAGAAGGGCCAUCUGUGAGGAAGUUUCACCAUCUUGUCUCCCCCUUUGUGGGCCAGAAGGUGGUCAAGACGGGGGGCAGCAGUAAGAAGCUCCAUCCUGCCGCCUUUCAGUCUCUGUGGCUCCAGGAUGCUCAGGUGCAUGGAAAAAAAUUAUUCCUUCGGUUUGAUCCAGAUGAGGAGAUGGAGCCACUCAACAGCAACCCACAACCUAUACAGGGAAUGUUGCAGAAAGAGGCUGUGGACCGAGAGCUGCCCUUGGGUCCCAGUGCUCAGGAACCCUCUGCAGGCUCCUCUGGAUCUGGGGAGCCUGUUCCCAGUAGAUCUGAUGAAACAUAUAAUCUUGGGAAGAUCCCUUCAGCAGAUGCCCAGAGGUGGCUGGAGGUCAGGUUUGGUUUAUUUGGCAGUAUCUGGGUGAAUGACUUCUCCAGAGCAAAGAAAGCUAACAAAAAAGGUGACUGGAGAGACCCAGUGCCCAGGCUGGUACUCCAUUUUAGUGGUGGUGGCUUCCUGGUAUUUUAUAAUUGCCAGAUGUCAUGGAGCCCUCCCCCAGUAAUUGAGCCCACCUGUGACAUAUUGUCUGAAAAGUUCCAUCGAGGACAAGCCUUGGAAGCUCUAAGCCAGGCUCAGCCUGUGUGCUACACACUCUUGGACCAGAGAUACUUCUCAGGAUUAGGGAACAUUAUAAAGAAUGAAGCCUUGUACAGAGCAAGGAUCCAUCCCCUCUCUCUCGGUUCAUGCCUGAGUUCUUCCUCUCGGGAGGCCCUCGUGGAUCGCGUGGUGGAGUUCAGUAAGGACUGGCUUCGGGACAAAUUCCAAGGCAAGGAACGGCACACACAGAUCUACCAGAAGGAACAAUGUCCUUCUGGUCACCAGGUCAUGAAGGAGACAUUUGGGCCCCCAGAUGGGCUCCAGAGGCUCACCUGGUGGUGCCCUCAGUGCCAGCCCCAGCUGUCCUCCAAGGGGCCCCAGAAUCUCCCGUCCUCCUAAAACAUGUGGCCUUUGCCGUGGUGGGGCUUGUAGCCUUGGAGAUCCAGGUGCUGUGUGUCCUGAAAGAAGGGUGUAGGCAGGGAUAAUAUUACAGAUCAGGGUAAGUAAGGUCAGGAGAGUCGGUAUUGCUGACGUUCAUCCGUAGGAUUAUGCCUCGACUGCAGCUUUCAUUGUGAUUGAUAGCUGCUUUCCUUUUCUAGUCAAUUCUACGUAAUCCCACCAUGCUGUCAAAACCCUGACAGUGGACUGGGGAAAAACUGCCCAGAGCAGCCAUGAGUCUGAAAAGAGCAUGACUGGUGGUGUGCAGCUUCUGGGGAGGGAACAGCUGGAGGAGACAGUUGUGUGUGGGGGGUAGGGCCAGCAGAGUGAACAGCUAGGGGAUACUAUAAUCCCAGGCUAUGUUGCUCAUGGUGUGCUGUGCCGUGUUUUGAGAACUGGUUGAUUUUUGAGGCCCUCCAAUUUCUUUCUUCUUUUACAUAGAGGGAUCAAGGAUAAGGGCAAAGCUUCAGGAAGGUACUGCUGAUCAGCCUACCUGGUGCCCUCCCAGUGGCUGGAGACCCCAGGGUGGACAGGGAGGUGUGUCCAGGGUCUGAGAAAAGCUGGCUAUUAUUUUACCCCUCAAGUUGGGCUUUGAUGUUUGACUGUUGAUGUUUGAAGAAUUUGCGUGUCUGGGGGGAUGUAAAGAAGCAAUCUUUCAGGUGGUUAGUAGCCGUUUUAUGGAACUGGAGUAGCAAAUAAAAAUAAAACGGUG